AAUAUAUCAAUAUAUUAAAUAUACCUAGAGUGCAUAUGAUAGAGUGCCCAAUCGAAUUGCAAACGCAGGGCCAUGAGGAAACUGCUUAGGCAGCUACAGGGCAAACCAUAUGGGUGGUGGUUUCCCUCUCAGUACAUACAUACAUAGAUACCUAUAAGUUCCCAUACAUCCACCGUUGACCGCUUUUGACCUACAUAUGUACCUCAAACUCUUCUCCUCCUAUCCACACCUUCCCAUCUCAUCUCAUCCCAACUCAUAACCAUACAUAACCAUACAUAACCAUACAUAAAUCACCACUCGUAGCUGUACACCCCAUUCCAUCCACCCACCAUGCCCACCAUAAAUCAAGGAUUCAACCACCACACCACCACCGGCCCCUGGGACCCCAACGGCGCCAACCACGCCACCGCGCACACAACCGCAAUCGACAUCUCCAACGCCGCCGUAGCCGCCAGCCGGCGCGGGGACUACAACGAGGCCGCGCGCCUGCACCAGCAGGCCUUGGAGCUGAAGCUGCGCGCCUUCCCGGCGACAUCCGUGCAAGCCGGCAUUUCCUACAACGGGCUCGGCGAGGCUUUGUUGCGCGCGGGCCGCUUCGACGAGGCCGAUGCCGCUUUUGCUUCGGCGCUGCAGGCCCGCGAGGCAGGCGGCCCUCGCAGCGACGCCGCCAUCACCCGCGACAACAUCGCGCGGCUGCGCGAGGCACAGGGACGCUUUGAGGAUGCGCGUGAGAUGCGGCUGCGGGGCCGCGAGAGGAGCGAGGUUAUGUGUGGGAAUUACCAUUGCCCAACCAGCAGCACAAUGUUCGCCCUGACCGCCCUCCAGGCCUGCGGCGGCUGCAGGAGCGUCUGGUACUGCUCCAAGAACUGCCAGAAGGGCGACUGGCAGUCCCGGCACAAGCCGCUGUGCAAGGCGUACACGGAGGGCUUGGCGGCGGCUGCUGCUACUACGGCUGGUGAGGGUGCGAGCACCUAGAGUGAUACGGAUGGAUAGGUACCUGAGGGCCUGGGCAGGGAGGGAUGUAGGUAGGUGUGUCAGGCACCUACUCACGAAUGAACGAACGACAUACAUACAUAUGAGUCAGAGGUCAGGUUUAGGAGUACAGUCAGUCAGUCAGUCAGCCAGCCAGUGCGUUUGCUCUACACUGGGUUCAUGAGGAGGGAGGUCAGAUAGGUAGACGGCAAUAGGUAGCUAGCAUAGGGAAUUGCAGAAGCUGUUCAUAGCUGUCA